CAUUCCGCGACCACUAGGACCCAAACAGAGGAGAAACGUCGGGGGCGGUGCGGUGGCUGUCACCUAAAGCAGGAGGAGGAUGAAACCUGCUGGAAAGUGUCCGACUGAAGACUCUGGGGAGCCGGAGCGGAGAGAGACUGAGGCUCCGUUCAGCUUCACCCCGCAGCUCGUCCGCCUGCACAAGGACCACGAGCUGUUCGAGGAUGGAGACAUCCACAGACACAUGUACCUGCAGGACCUCUACAUCUCCCAGGAGGACGAGCCCACAACCAGCGUCUCAGAGUUCGCCUGUCACAUCUCCGGCUGCAGCGCUGUCUUCAGUGCUCUGGAGGAGUACGAGCACCACUACAACUCCCUGCACAGGCACGUCUGCUGCUCCUGCCGUCGCUCACUGCCAAGCGCCCGACUCCUUGACAUUCACAUUCAGGAGUGGCACGACUCUCUCUUCACUGUCCUCGCCCAGAGGCAAGACAUGUACCAGUGUUUGGUUGAGGGCUGUGGACACAAGUUCAGGACAAGUAAUCACAGGAAGGAACAUCUGAUAAAAAUUCACAAGUAUCCUCCAGACUUCAGAUUUGACAAAACCAAAAAGGACAGAGGAACCCGAGAGACGAAGAGGCCGCCUCAGAAAGACAUCGCCAUGGAGGAAGUGGGCGAUGUGUGUGAGUCCGAGGGUGUGUGCGAGGUUAUGUGCGAUAUGUUGUCCGAGCAGCCUGAGCCUGGAGAGUCCAUGGAGACGCUGGUGGAGGAAGCAGCUGCUCACUUGACAAAGGCUGCCGAUGCUGGGGAGGACGCAGGUCUCUCUGCUGCGGUACACAGCCAAGAGUGUCCGAACAAAGACACACUGAAACCACAAUACUCCUACAGAGUCCCUUCGACCGUGUGCUUUGGUCACGGAUCCAUCCGAGGCUUCAGAGGACGGCGUGGGAGGAGGAAAUGAAACGCCAGACCUGCGCCUUCUGUUUGAUGUUCCUUUUUAAGACUCAAUACCCUUGUCUAUAGUAACGGAAUGUAUUCACUAUCACAUGUGUCUUUAAUGUAUAAUAAAAAUGGCCUUUGCAAAAAAGAAGCAACGUCCAUAUACGCAUUAAUUUAGGUGAUCAAGAACACAUUUUGGUGUGUGUACUUUUUACACACACAAUCUCGUUUCUUUCCUGUUGGUGUUACCCAUACUGUCAGCAGACUGUGCAUUUCACUUAAUACAACCCAGUGUCUGUCUUUAUUAUAAACUAAAAGAAUUGACACCAUAGUGAAUCCUGUUGUGUGUUGCAAUGCAGAGUUAGAUUGCACUGAGCUUAAAUCACAAACGAUAAGUAAAAUAUGAAGAGAAAAAAACGAGAGGAAAUGACCAAAUUUACAUAAGAGAUUUUAAU